GCUUGGUCUACUCGUAUUUGAAGUCCAAUACUAAACGUCUCUUCUUUUCCCUUCCAUCAAUCAGUACCCUUCUUUCCCGGUUUUGGACGUCUUUUUAAUAGCAAAAAUUGCAUUUGUUAGAAUAAGAAAAUGGACGAUGAAGAGCUCUCCUCCUUGGUGCAAGCAGCUGAACAGCUCGCAUCUCAACUUGACGAUGGAAGUCUGGGUGAACUACCUAGAGUUGAACGCAAUUUGCGGCAAAUUAUGGAGGCUAGUAAUCAACUAUGGAUAAGAACAUCACAAAGUGGAGGCCAAGAAAAUCAAGGGGCUGCAUUGCUGGGCUCCGUUGGAUUAGAUCUUCCCCGAGUAGCACACAAGUUGGAUGUUUUGAGUACAAUUUCAAAUUUUGAACCACUAGAACCAAUCCGAGAAACAGAUAUUAAAGGUUUUUUAAAAAAUGAACGUGAAAAUGCUAUAUUAGCUGUAAUCGAAGAGACUCGACGAAUGAGUUUCAACCAUGCCCAGCAAAUGUAUUGGGAUUCAGUUAAAAGUGAAUGGGAAAGAGAAAAGCAGCAGAUCCUUAGUGCCUUAACUGAGUCUGGUGAUGAAUUGCUGGAUAUUUCUCUUCCAAUUGCUGAGAUGACUUCAGGAGGGAUGCUUCCCAUUUCCUCAAGAAGUGUUUUGGACCAUCAAGAGAUGGCUUAUGUCAAAGCAGUAAUGGAAUACAACGAUCAAACAUUGAAGGGGGGUAUCAAACCUAGCUUAGCAGAAAAGUUCGCUCAAACUGCUCAAGCUUUCAAUGAUCAAAAUAUAUCUGACAUAUGGGACAUGGUACGAAUGAUGGUUGAUGUGCCGGUAAAGGUUAGCGGAGAUAAUAUCUUAAAAUCGCGCGGAAGUGCUCUUAUGCAACGAGCUUUCAUGAACCAAGGUCGUCGCUAUCUUGAAGAUCGGUACAAAUCCUAUAUCCGGCAAAUUGUAUAUAGUAAUCUGGGAGCUGCCAAACUUGGCGGAAUUCCCGGUACUUUACCUCUUGUACGGAGCUUUGUUUCUGCCCGUCAAAUUUCGCGCACAACUGGAUUAGAAGAUGGUUUCGUGGAUGGAGAGCCUGUUUGGCCACUAAUAUUUUAUUGUUUGCGCUGUGGAGACAUAAAUGCCGCUUUACAGGCGUCUAAACAAGCAGGAGCUGUGGUGUCAGAGUUUACAAGACUUCUAGAAGAAUUAAUCCAUAGUGGUGAUCGCAACCUGAGCCCUAGCAUGGAAACCAAUGCUAAAUUAAUGUACAAGAAAAUGAUUCGCACAUCAACAGAUCCCUAUAAACGCGCGUCGUAUUGUGUCGUGGCUGCCUGUGAUGUCAAUGAUGAUCACACUGAAGUAGCCCAAUCGACGGACGAUUACUUGUGGAUCAAGCUUUGCCAGUUAAAAGAAGAUGAGCUUGCUGGGCACGACUCUUCUCAUGAGCGUGUGACUUAUUCUCAAUUUCAGUCACUUGUUUUGGAGGAAUACGGUGAACGACAUUUCAAGGCAUACCAGGAACCUUUCCUCUACUUUGAAGUUCUUUUCCUUACCGGUCAAUUCGAGGCUGCUAUUGAUUUUUUCGCCCGCAUCGAACGACUUCGUUGCCACGCAGUUCAUGUCGCCCUUGCGUUGUUUGAGAGUCAGUUUUUGGCUUUGCCCAGCAAUGUUCAAUCGCCGCUUCUUUCAAAGGAAAAUUCAGAUAAACCUUCUAUGAGGCGAUUGAAUAUUGCACGUCUUGUUAUGCUGUAUACUCGCAAAUUUGAAGCAACCGACCCUAAGGAGGCCCUCCACUAUUUCUACUUUUUAAGAGGAAUUAAAGCCUCCAAAGGAGAUUCUCUUUUCACCGCUUGCGUCAGUGAACUCGUCCUCGAAUCCCGUAACUUUGAUUUGCUACUCGGUCGCCUAGAGCCAGACGGAUCACGUACCCAAGGGUUUUUGAACCAUUUCAAAGGGACACAGGUUGAUACGCAAAAGAUCAUUGAACUCGUAGCCAGAGAUUCAGAGGCUAAGGGCUUGCAUGAAGAUGCUGUACAUCUUUACGAGCUAGCCAAAGACGGUGCAAAAGUAAUUGAACUUCUUUGUCGGCUACUAAGUGGCACUAUCUCACAGCCAGCUGCUAUUGAAUCGGAAAGUUGGAGGGUGCAGAAUAAGGCCAUAGCGUUCGCCCAACGAUUGAAAGCAUCUGGGUCCCUGUUACCUAAUAUAGCAGCAACUUUCUUUCUUCUUCUUGAUCUCGGAAUCUUUUUUUCGCUGUAUCAUGAAGAGAAGUACCACGAAGCAUUCGAAACAAUUGCCAAACUUCGACUUAUCCCUCUCUCUCCCGAUGAAGUGGAAUCCCGGGUGUCAAAUUUCCGAAACUUGAGUGAUGACAUCCGGCGAAAUAUUCCAGAUGUGUUGUUAGCAACAAUGAAUAUUCUUUACAAAAAAUAUAACCAAUCCAAGGCACCUCGUGGUUUCGUUCAAUCUCGAAGGGAUGAUGGAGAUACUGACGAGUUUAUGGACCAGAUUAGGAAACAGGCUCGUGCUUUAACUACUUUCAUUGGAAUGAUUCCUUACCGAAUGCCGGGAGACACUCAUGCGAGGUUGGUUCAAUUACAAUCCAUGAUGAUAUGAUAAGGAAGGGAGAUCAUUUUGAUAGCUCAUUUGUGCGUUUCUUAACUAUAAAAGAUUUCUUUGGGUUUUAAUAAUAAAAUCCAGGGAGUAAAUAUUUCAGAA